AUGAGGUUCUACGAGAAGCUGAUGAAACCGCUCAUUCUUGCUCUCUCCAAUCCAACAUCUCGAUCUGAGUGCACUGCGGAAGAAGCUUAUACAUGGAGCAAGGGUCAAGCAAUCUUUGCUAGUGGUAGCCCAUUUGAUCCUGUUGAAUAUGAAGGAAAAGUCUUUGUUCCUGGACAGACCAACAAUGCUUACAUAUUCCCUGGUUUUGGCUUGGGUUUGCUCAUCUCCGGUGCAAUCCGCGUCCGCGAUGAGAUGCUCUUGGUAGCCUGUGAGUUCAUUCAAGCUAAGAGAGAUUAA